GCAGAGUUGCUGAUAUGCUCGCGCGCCACUCCACUGUGUAAGAUAUGGCAAUGUAGUGCCAUGCUCAAAAAUGGAGGUCAAAACCAUGUCCCAAGCUCUGCAACUUCAUGCGCAAGUUCUGAAACUAGGAAACUCGCCGACCAGCGAAUCCCAUAAAAUUCUGUCCAAUGUCUUCACUUUCGCCGCCCUCUCACCUGCUGGAGAUCUCAACCACGCUCGUCUCAUCCUCAAAUCCAACCCUUCCUUGAACUCUUACUUCUACAACACCGUCAUCCGAGCUUACUCUCGGAGCUCUGACCCGUCCCAUCCCUCGCAAGCUCUUUCUCUUUUCCUCUUGAUGCUCCAUGGACCGUUCCAUAACAUUCCUGGACCUGAUAAAUUCACUUUCCCCUUUGUACUCAAGUGCUGUGUCCGUUUGAAUCUCACCCUUCAAGCGAAACAGAUCCAUGGGCUGAUUGCUAAAAUGGGUUUGAGUUCGGAUUCUCAUAUUGGGAAUUCGUUGAUUUAUAUGUAUUCAGAGCUUGAGGAACUGGGAGCUGCAUAUAAUGUGUUUGAUAGAAUGUCUGAGAGAGAUGUGGUAUCCUGGACUUCUAUGAUUGAUGGCCUUGUCGACAAUGAUCGGCCUGCUGAAGCAAUAAAGAAGUUUGAACAAAUGUUGGAGUGUGAGGUUGAGGUGAAUGAUGCCACGGUUGUGUCUGUUUUAAGAGCAUGUGCUGACAUGGGAGCGUUAAAUGUGGGGAAGACAGUGCAUAAGAUUGUGAAGGAGAGGAAACUUCAUGGUAAGGGCAACGUUAUGACUGCGCUUAUCGAUAUGUACGCAAAAUGCGGUUGUAUAGAAAGUGCAUGGCAGGUGUUUAAUGAUGUUAUGGACAAAGAUGUUUUUGUUUGGACGGCGAUUAUUUCUGGCUUGGCUAGCCAUGGACAAUGCAAGGAAGCUAUUGACCUAUUUUCUGAAAUGGAAGCCUCAAAAAUAAAUCCCGAUGAGAAGGCAAUGACAGCAAUUUUAUCAGCAUGUAGGAAUGCAGGCUUGAUUAUUCAAGGUUACAAUUUUUUGAGUAGCAUGCAAAAGAGACACGGUGUAAGACCAACUAUUCAGCAUUACGGUUGCAUGGUAGACCUCCUAGUUAGAGCCGGUCUUUUAAAAGAAGCCGAAGAAUUUAUUGAUAAAAUGCCUAUCAAACCUGAUGCAGUGCUUUGGAGAACCCUGAUAUGGGCUUGUAAUGUUUAUGGGGAUACUACUAGAGCUAAGCGUUUGAUGAAACACCUAGGGUUACAAGAGACGGAUGCAGAUGAUGGUGGAAGCUUCAUACUUGCUAGUAAUGUUUAUGCAUCAGAUGGAAAGUGGUGUGAUAAGGCAAAGGUGAGAGAGUUGAUGAAACAAAAAGGACUAGUAAAGCCAGCGGGAUGUAGUAGGAUUGAAGUUGAAGGUGUGAUACAUGAAUUUGUGAUGGGAGAUUAUAAUCACUCCGAAGCAAAGAAGAUAUAUGGCAAAUUAAAUGAAAUGGUAGAUAAAUUGAGAAAAGAAGGGUAUUAUCCAAAAGUUUCAGACGUCUUGCUUGAAGUAGAUGAUCAGGAAAAAGCCAAUCAGCUGCUUCAUCAUAGUGAGAAGCUUGCUCUUGCUUUUGGAUUAAUCAAGAUGAGUCCAGAUUCUGAAAUCCGGAUCGUGAAAAAUCUAAGGUCUUGUGAGGACUGUCAUGAAUUUAUGAAACUAGUCUCUAGGGUAUACCAAAGAGAUAUCAUUGUAAGAGACAGGAUACGUUUCCAUCAUUUCAGAUAUGGUGACUGCUCUUGCAAGAAUUAUUGGUAGCAUGAAGACUGUUAUUAGAUAUUGACAAGUAAUUUGCUUUGAGAUAUUCAGAAUCAUACAAGACACAGGACCUGCUAGCUUUGAGACAUAAUUUGGCAAUUGAGAAUUGGAGAUAUUAGAAAUGUUCACGGGCAAUGUCAACUUCAAAAAGGAAACCCUUCAUUCUUUUAUGUAUCUUGCUUAUUACUUUCUUUUAUUUAGUGGGGAAAAAAUCAUUGAAGUAUUUAUUA